AUUUCAGAAGCGCGCAACAAAAAAGUGUUCAGGGAUGUUAUGAUUUUAUCGGUUUGUUCUCAGCGUUUGACAAUUAUUCGAGUAGUUACCGUCGAUAGCAAAUAAUUACUUUUGUCAUCCAAUAGUCGUAUGACUAUUAUUCUUCGCAUAGUACGUUGAAAUACGAGAGGCUAUGGGCUCCAUUUACAUUGGUGACUUCCCGGAUGAAAUACUCCUUCACAUCUUCUCAUACCUGUCCCGAGAGGAGCUGGCCUCGGGGCCGAGCCACGUGAACCGGCGAUGGCAGGCCGUGUGUAAUGAUGACACACUCUGGCGCGACAGUGACUACGUCGUCGGUGAAAACCAGACUGACGAAGAGGCCCUGUCGCUGGUGAUGAGCAUGCCACAGCUGCGAGUGCUCAGGCUGCAGCGCAUGCUACCGUCUGGCAUGCUGCAGCACGUGUUCCGCACAUGCCACAGCCUCACCGAGCUCGAGAUACACUGGAGACACAAGCUGUUGCCCUCUGAGCUCAGCUGCCUGGUCGAGAACUGCCCCAACAUAGAGAGGCUCGUAGUGCCCGGCCAGCGAACAACAGUUGAGCAUCUGGAGCUCAUUAGCAAGAUGGAAAACCUGAAGUCACUGCGAUUUGAGUAUCGGACAUUGACGUAUCAGCCUUUCAGGCUGCAACAGCUAGCUGAUGGUUGCCCCAAACUUCGAUGUCUGGAGAUUCCUCUCCAGUUCUGUGCUGGUGAUGAACUGGACAACUUUCUUGCUGUUAAGGCUGGACAGAUAGAAGCACUGGAGCUCCGAUGGAUGACGUCAGAUAGGAGAUGUGUGUUGCCAAUGGUGGCAACUCUGUGUGGUGCUAGUUUGAAACGUCUGACCUUGGGAUGGUAUGACGUGCCUAUCGACAGGAUUGCCAGUGCCCUGUUCUCGUUGCGUGACCUCGUAAACUUGCAGGAGUUGGCGGCACCGUACGCGUAUGGGCUGCCACCUGGCAUACUGGCACAGGUGUUCAGUGGGGCAACAAUCUGUAGACUGAAGAAGCUGGACUUGCGCAGCAGUGGCCUGGCCGUAGACGACGACGCACUGUUGGCAAUCUGUCGGUCUUGCUUGGAGCUGUGCGAGCUUCUGCUUGGUGGCUGCAGGCAGAUCUCAGAUGCAGGGCUCCAGUUGCUGGGCAAUGGGCUGGAGACACUGGACCUGUCCAACUGCUGCUCGCUGGGUGGAGGCGCCAUCACGGCCAUCGCCAGGUGCUGCCCAGGGCUGCGAAACCUCCAGCUCCAAUGCCAGGACAUGUCCAGAUUACGUCCUGGAUUGCGCCACCUAUUAGGACUUAAAAAGUUAGAGACGCUGGACUUGACUUCCAGCAUUGUGUCCGUCUUGCCACUGGGACUGUUCCCGAAACACCUCCACAAUCUGAGGAUGCUCAAACUCUCCUUCUGUGAGGGAAUUGGUGUAGGUGGGUUACGGGUGUUGCGUACUCUGAUGCCCCAGCUGAAGAUCGUCAUAGGUGACCUUGUUGGGCCAGAGGAUCGGUGAAAUUACAAAAGGUCAUGCACUUGUAUUCAAGUAAGGAACAGAAACUGAUGGGUGCUUGCAAGUGCACUUGAUCAUAACAGGACUCUGUGGGAAAAGGUUACCGGCAGAGAGUUCUGAAGAAAAAGUUUGUGGAAUUUUCUUGUAGUAGUCAAUUAUACACGGGUCUUCCAUAAUUAUUUUAUACGUGUUAUGCAGCUUUCGACAAGGAACUUUCAUAUUUUUAA